GUAUUUUUAAGGAAUCUGGAACUUAUAGAAAGCAAGGAAUUAGUAGUAUCGGGGAAAGAAGGGAUAAAACAAGUUUUGGAUGCAGCUUACACUCUGGUAAUGAUUUUUCCUACGCAACUGCCAAACAGAGGCAAGGGGGAACUACAUCUCCCUGCAUGCAAUGUGGUUUGUAUAAACCACAAAUCCCAGCAUGCCACUUCUCGCGCUCCUCACAGUAGGCAUUUGAGAGUCUGCGUAGAACUGCCGAGGCGGCGUUUCAGUAAGCCACCAGCCGUGACAGUGCCUGGGAAAUAAAAGCAUUUGACGACUGGCUUCUAAAAGGCAAGAGAUGGCUUUAGUAAAAAUAAGGCGUUGGGUUCUCAAAGGACGUGAUAAGAGAAGCUAAGACGCCACGGGCAGGGAGAAACUGGAGCCUUGCCUUUUUGACGUUUGUUCUUCCCAAACUGCGCUUCCGGUUUUUUUCCGAGCCUGUUGAACCUCUGCAGCUUCCGUAGGCGGUGGGUCAAAAGUGCCGAUCAAAAUGGAAGUCAAUCCCCCCAAACAGGAGCACCUGCUGGCUCUGAAAGUGAUGCGUUUGACUAAGCCUACUUUAUUCACCAACAUUCCAGUAACAUGUGAGGAGAAAGACUUACCUGGAGAUCUCUUUAACCAACUCAUGAGAGAUGACCCUUCAACUGUAAAUGGUGCUGAAAUUUUAAUGUUGGGAGAAAUGUUGACUUUACCACAGAAUUUUGGGAAUAUAUUUUUGGGAGAAACUUUUUCCAGUUAUAUCAGCGUUCAUAAUGACAGCAAUCAAGUUGUAAAAGAUAUACUGGUAAAAGCUGAUCUUCAGACAAGUUCUCAGCGUUUAAAUCUUUCAGCCUCCAAUGCUGCAGUAGCUGAGCUGAAGCCUGAUUGUUGUAUUGAUGAUGUCAUACACCAUGAAGUUAAAGAAAUCGGAACACACAUCUUGGUGUGUGCAGUGAGUUAUACAACUCAGGGAGGAGAAAAAAUGUACUUUAGAAAAUUCUUCAAAUUUCAGGUUCUCAAACCAUUGGAUGUGAAAACCAAAUUUUACAAUGCAGAGACUGAUGAAGUAUUUCUGGAAGCCCAGAUUCAAAAUAUUACAACCUCACCCAUGUUUAUGGAGAAAGUUUCAUUGGAGCCAUCUAUAAUGUACAAUGUGGCAGAAUUAAACUCAAUCAACCAAGAUGGAGAAUGUGUAACAACAUUUGGAUCAAGAGCAUAUUUGCAGCCAAUGGAUACACGACAGUACUUGUACUGCCUAAAGCCCAAGAAGGAAUUUGCCGAAAAGGCAGGCAUUAUUAAGGGAGUCACAGUAAUUGGAAAGUUGGACAUAGUGUGGAAAACAAAUCUAGGAGAAAGGGGAAGAUUACAGACCAGCCAACUUCAAAGAAUGGCUCCAGGUUAUGGAGAUGUUAGGUUAUCUCUGGAGGCAAUCCCAGAUACUGUAAACCUAGAAGAACCUUUUCAUAUUACCUGUAAAAUAACAAAUUGCAGCAGUGAAAGGACCAUGGAUCUGGUGUUGGAAAUGUGCAAUACCAAUUCUAUCCACUGGUGUGGCAUUUCAGGAAGACAGCUUGGAAAACUACAUCCAAGUUCCUCUCUCUGUCUUGCCCUUACUCUCCUGUCUUCAGUGCAGGGACUGCAGAGCGUCUCCGGCUUAAGACUGACAGACACAUUCUUAAAGAGAACAUACGAAUAUGAUGACAUCGCACAAGUCUGUGUGGUAUCUUCGGCCAUUAAAGUGGAAAGCUGAAGAAAAUUCCCAGUGUUGAGCUUUUCAUUGAGCUUCACAGAAUUUCAUAUUUUUUGACACCUUUGUAAAAUCAUUAAGCUAACAGCAAAAAUAAGUAUCUAUUACUUAAAUUUCUUUCCUAUAAAGGUUAUUUAAGUUUUGUAAAGAAGAUAUUUUUACUUUGCUUAAGUAUCUAGGACAGUUUGCAGGCAAAAUAGUUCUAUCAAAAAUGUUCAGCUCUGCCAUUGUCGAACAGGAGCAGCCAGUAGGAACACAUGGUGUUUACAAAUACAGUCAGCUGGCUGGACGUGGGUGCAGGCCAUAAUUUGUUGACCUCAGAUAGAAAAUAGUUAAAACUAGAAUUUGAGAAUUCUUGUAAUACUUUGUUUAGAAGUAUUUCAGUUAUCCCUCUUUUUUUCCCAAGCUCCUCGGCCUACAGAAUAACACAGGGGUGGUCCUUGUUUAACCAUGCUAGCACAGUAUGAAUGUUUCUUGUUAUUUUCAAAAUUAUUUUACUGGUAUGUAUUUGUGUUUAUGUGUAAUACAUAUGUGUAAAUGUCAGUUACUGAACAGCAGAUAAGAAUUGAUUUUAUUUCUUAGGUUAGUUGAUCACUAGGUUAACUUUUAACAGAAGCCUGGUAUUUUCUAAUUCUAAAUCCAAAAUUUCUGAUAUUUUUUCCCAUUGAAAAAAAAGUCACUUUUAAGGGCAUAUUUAAUGGAUUUCCAACUUCUUAUAUUUGAUUUUGAGCUUAUAUCAUGUGUAAUUCUUGUAAAACUUUCUAUUUCAGCAUGUAAUCUAUGCUUGCUUAUAUCGUGAAGAAAAAAAGUGAGAAAGUUAAUAAUGAUUGUACACUUACAAUCAUUACAACAUGAUUGUAGUAGAAAGUGUUAAGAAAACAAAAGCAUAUGCUGUUAAAAACUCUUGUUUUGAUAAAUUGAAAUUAGGGAUCUAUAUAUAAUUUCUUAAAUACAGGAGUACAUUAAGUCAAAUACAAAAUUGGUUUUUCUUAAGUGCAUAAUUAUUUAUUGCCAUGACAAACUGGUAUGAAGUGAAAGCAACAGUCAGAAUGAGAUUUGCCCCUUAUAUUGGAGUAAUGAUUAAUAAAAUGUCUUUGCAAAAUAAAGUGCAAGUUGUAUAAAGUUGAAAUUUGUCUUUCUUCCAGCAUGAUUAAGAUUGAUUAAAUGAUGAAAUAAGAUUUUAUUGCCAUUGAUCUAGGUAUUUUGACUGUUCUUCAAGCUUCCUCUCAGGACUGAACCUUCUGCUUCAAAUUCAAAGAUAACUUAGUGGUUACUUGCUAAUAUAAUUUGUCUUAAUUACAAAGUCUCAUUUAUAAGCAAUAAGCUAGACAUAUAUUACUGAUGCUUUUAAGUAGAGGGUAGAGAAUGUAAUCUUAGAAAGGAUCUGUUUUACCACAUUAUAAAAAUUAGAUAAACAACUUUGUAUAGUAAAUGAAAAUUUCAUUCGCAUAAAAAAGACAUCUUACGUUUUACAUAGCAUCCUAACAGGUAUAGCUACUAUAGUGAAGUGUGGUCAUUAGAAGUCAAUUAUUCCUCAGGAAAAUAAAUUCUGUUAGUAGAUUAAAUAUUUACUUUAACAUUCUCUUGUUUCUUUAGUUAGAAUGAAACUUCAUUUCCAAAUGUCAAAAUAUUUUGGGAAUUUCUUAUUAUUAUAAAAGUAGCUAACACUGUCAACUACCCAAAACUUUGAAGUAGCCUGCAGUGCGUGAUUUCAAAGUGAUCAAGAUAUUUGAACAAAAAUGGUUUAAGAAGAACAGAAAUUCAGGUAAGUAGACAAAUAAUCACCUAGAUGAAUUUGCUAUUGAUAUAUCAGCAAAGAAACAGGAAAAGUGAAAUGGAAGAAAUUAGCAGUUCUCAUUCAUGUCGAAACAGUGACUGCCUUAGAUAGAAGCAAAUCAAGAUACUGUUUUAAAGUGCUUUUUCUUAUAUGCCUAUGUCUGAUUUUGGUGAUAGAGUAAUACCUUAGAAAAGCUGGGAAAUGUUUUCUCCUCUUGUAUGAUUUAGAAGAAAUUGUAUAAAAUAUUUAUCCUUGUUUUGGUAGCAUUCGACACUGAAAUCAGGGCCUGUGUAGUUUUUCCUCAGUGAGCUUUAGUGGGUUUUGUCUUACAAGAAAUUCAUCAAUUUCUUCUAAGUUGUUAUUUAUAUGGUGUAUGGGAAAGUUGGUAUUAGCAUUUUCUAACUAACCUUUUAUUAUCUCCAAGGUCUGCAGUGAUAACCACCUUUUUUUUUUUAUUUUAUUACAAUUGAUACUUUGUACUUUCCCUGUUUUCCUAGCUAGUCAUCUAGAGGCUUAUCCAUUUUGUUGACCUGAUCUGAAGAUGUGAUUAAUAUACUCAAGAUAGCUUUGCUAAAAACUUCUUGAUACUGGAUUCUUACUAGAUAAAAAUACCUGAUUUUUCAUUAUGAUCAUCUUUGCUUUGCUUUUCCCUGCUUCAAUCAUCACUUACAUGUUACUCAUUAGCAUGUAACUCUUAACACUUCAACAUUAGGAAUUCAAUUUAACUUCAUGAAAAGUUAUAUUGGUUUUGAUGGGAUAGAGGAGAUUUAACUCAGAGGGGCUAAGACUUAAGCUUUGCUCUUCUCUAGCCAGAACCAUAGGCUCAUAAAUAUCUUUGUUGUAUUCUGAAGCCCAAGCAUUAGGUAUUUGCUAGUCUGAGGAGAAACUUCUAUCCUAAUGUUUUGAAAUUAGAGUCCUU